CUGUUGACAGAGUUUACAUUUAGUCAAAUCUACAUCAGCAGAUGUUACAAACUCCCAGAGGUACUUGUACCCGAGCCUAAGCGAACACGAACCAGCGCAUUUACGACCGAAAUGGUUUGUAUGUACAAACUUCUCAGUGAGCGAAGUUGUUUCUAGUGCGGUGUUCGAAACUGCAGUAGACGACUUGACCAGUCUCCUUGUGGCCCACCGCGCACACCUGAGACGAGGUUGGCCUAUACAUAGACAACCUCGUUGUAACGAGGUUAUUAUAACAUGAUACGAGGAAAAACAGAAUGGGAGGCAUAACAAGAUUCUCCAGGGUUGUGUUGGGAAUGUCCGGGGGAGUUGAUAGUGCAGUCUCUGCACUACUUCUAAAGAGAAAAGGUUAUGAAGUUAUUGGUGUAUUUAUGCGCAACUGGGACGAAAAAGAUGAAAAGGGUCAGUGCACCGGAGAUGUGGAUGCAGAAGAUGCAGAAUGGGUCUGCCGGAGACUGGAUAUUCCCUUUCGUGAAGUCAACUUUGUUAAGGAGUACUGGAAUGAUGUGUUUAUGUACAUGAUAGAAGAAUAUAAAGCCGGUUUUACACCUAAUCCUGACAUCAUGUGCAAUAAGAAGAUUAAGUUCUCUCCCUUUCUCCAGUAUGCAAAAGACAAUUUUAACAGUGAAGUUAUUGCAACUGGACAUUACGCACGAACAUCCUAUGAUGAUGACCUCAAGAACUAUGAUCCCAAGAAAGGUGCCAGACUGUUGCAGGGUAUAGAUCGUCUGAAGGAUCAAACUUUCUUCCUAAGUCAGAUUUCGCAGAAUUCCUUGCAGCACACGAUGUUUCCUUUGGGUGAUUAUAAUAAAGAUGUGGUGCGCAAGAUAGCAGAGAGUGCCAACCUAGAUCGGGUUGCCAAGAAAAGAGACUCUACUGGAAUCUGCUUCAUUGGUUCCAGGAACUUCCAAGAAUUUAUAUCACAAUACAUUGAGGAUAAACCUGGUAAUUUCAUUGACCUAGACAGCCGAGAAGUGGUUGGUACUCACCGAGGCAUUCACCAAUGGACUGUAGGUCAAAGAUGUAAUAUUGGACCAUUUCCUCAGCCAUAUUUUGUUGCUGAAAAACACCCAGAAGCUAAUAAUAUUUAUGUGGUUGCUGGUACAAAUCAUCCUGCACUCUUUACUUCCAUAGUGUUUACUGAACCAAUCUACUGGAUACACAGUCCCCCAUCUCAUCUGUUCACAAUGGGCCAGUUAGAGUGUCAUUUUCGUUUCCAGAAUACGUCACCAUUGGUGUCGUUUUUCUGCUGA